CACUGCCACGCAAAGGACUACCAAGGUAACGGCAGAGAUUUGAUUUCAUGGGACGGAGAAGAAGGACCUGUCAAAGUUUACGAUGUAGUCAAAUGUGUAUAAAAAUUCAAAUAAAGUUGACCAGCAAGCAGUUGUUGGAUAAAUAAUCUCAUUUAAACUGGAUCAUUUGAUCGCGGUCCUCAAUUUUCGCUGUCUUUUAACAGAAUGGGGGAAAGUAACGAUGAAAACAAGUGUAUGUAUCCCGCAAUUGGGGUUGAAAUUCGUUCCCGUCUGCAGCAGUUUGUGGAAGAGAGGAUGCAGAACACCAUGCUGACAGGUGUAUUGAUUGGCGCUGUGGUGGCUGUGUUUCUGAUAGGGAUCUCUGUGCUUUUUAUCUAUCGCAGAUACAAACUGGCAAGUCAACAGGCUGGUGUCCCUCGCUAUCGCUUCAGGAAAAGAGAUAAAGUUCUCUUCUACGGCAGGAAAAUUAUGAGAAAGGUCCAGACAUUGUCCUCUACACCAACCUCCACUUCAGUUUCUAAACAACGCUCACGAAAGAGGCCUAAAGUUUUAACCAUUGCUCGCAGGAUCCUACGGAUCAGAAAGGAGCCGCCCACGAUACAGCCCAAAGAGCCCCCUCCCGCCCUCCUGGAGGCAGACCUUACUGAGUUUGAUGUGCAGAACUCAAACCUGCCCUCUGAAGUACUGUAUAUGCUGAAAAACGUCAGGGUACUUGGUCAUUUCGAGAAGCCCUUGUUUCUGGAGCUGUGUCGGCACAUGGUGUUUGUGGAACUGCAAGAAGGGGAGGGGUUGUUCAAACCAGGAGAUGAUGAUGACAGCAUUUAUGUGGUUCAGGAUGGACAGCUGGAGCUUUCAAUCCAAGAAAUUGAUGGCACAGAGCCUGUGGUGAAGGACGUGUUGCCCGGGGACAGCGUUCACAGUCUGCUCAGCAUUCUAGACAUCAUUACGGGCUAUCCUGCUCCGUAUAAGACCGUGGCUGCUCGUGCAGCGGUCAGGUCCACCAUAUUGCGACUGCCUGCCUCUGCUUUCCAGUCUGUGUUUGAGAAAUACCCGGAGACACUUGUGAGAGUCAUACAGAUAAUCAUGGUUCGUCUGCAGAGAGUCACUUUCCUGGCACUCCACAAUUACCUGGGACUGACAACAGAGCUUUUUAAUCAGGAAAGACAAGCAGUGCCUCUCAUUGCAGUCAACAGUGUGCUCACAGAGGGAAGUCCCAGCAGAGUCCCGCGCAGACCCCACGCUCAGUCAGCACCAGAUGAUGAGCAUCUGCAGAGCUCUGGAGACCAAUUUGCCGAUACAGAUGGCGGGCAAGGGGGCGCUAUUGAAAACGCAUCUGAUGUUGUGCGACGGUCUCGCUCUGUGUCAAUGCCUGUAGACAGCACAGGAUUGGCUGGAAAUGACCUAAACAUGGCCUACGAACGGGCACGUGUCACCAUAGAUGAUCCUCCAUCCAGUCCAGUCGCAUACAAGUCCAUUCUGAAGAAGAGCGUAACUAUGCAGCAUGCUCCUUCCACCGUGAUUCAUUACACAGACAGCGCACCACACUCAGAUGUGCCACCCAGUAAAGUGGGGGCCAUGUUUCAGGCCGCCAAGAAAGACCUGCUGGGGUUAAUUCAGCUGCAGGACCCCAGUUUGCUGGAGGGCAGAGUGACACUGCAUCAGGUUAAGGCUGGAUCUGUUGUUGCUCGACAAGGCGAUCAGGACGUGAGUUUGCAGUUUGUGAUCUGUGGCACACUGCAUGUGUAUCAGCGGAUGAUCGAUAGAGAGGAGGAGACCUGUCUGUUUGUGGCUCACCCAGGAGAGCUGGUGGGUCAGUUGGCAGUGCUGACAGGGGAGCCAUUGAUUUUUACCGUAAAAGCGCAACGGGACUGCAGCUUUCUGGCCAUCGCCAAAACGCACUUCUACGAGAUCAUGAGAGCUGAGCCCACAGUAGUUCUGAAUGUAGCUCAUACUGUCGUCAGAAGGAUGUCACCGUUCGUCAGACAGAUUGACUUUGCCCUUGACUGGAUGGCUGUGGAGGCAGGCAGAGCUGUUUACAGGCAGGGUGAUAAGUCGGACAGUACUUUUAUAGUGCUCAGUGGCCGUCUACGUUCCGUCAUCAUGAAGGAUGAUGGGAAAAAAGAGCUGACUGGAGAAUACGGCAGAGGAGAUCUCAUCGGAGUGGUGGAGGCUCUGACCCAUCAGAACAGAGCGACUACUGUUCAUGCUGUUCGAGACUCAGAGCUAGCCAAACUUCCAGAGGGAGCUCUCAGCUCAAUCAAGAGGAAAUUCCCACAGGUAGUCACAAGACUUAUUCACCUGCUCGGACAGAAGAUCCUCCAACAGGUUAAUGGUCCUUUGACAGCACGCAGCCUCGCUUUGCACACCCCUGGCAGUAAAUGGGACGCAGGGAACCCAGCUUCAAAUCUCUCCACCAUCACUGUGCUCCCCGUGUCAGAAGAGGUUCCUCUGACCGCCUUCACCCUGGAGCUCCAGCACGCCCUUCUGGCUAUUGGAACCACUCUUCUCUUGACUAGUGACAUCAUCAAACAGCGCCUUGGGACUGCAGCCUUAGACAGCGUGCGUGAGUACAGAUUGUCGAGUUGGUUGGGUCAACAGGAAGACAUCCACCGCAUUGUCCUGUAUCAGACAGAUGUGUCCCUCACCCCUUGGACUCAGCGCUGUAUCAGACAAGCAGAUUGUAUCAUCAUCGUGGGACUGGGCGAGCAGGACCCAGCUGUGGGAGAGCUGGAGCGUAUGUUGGAGGGGAGCGCAGUGAGGGCACAGAAACAGCUGGUUCUGUUGCACCGUGAGGACGGCCCUCCUCCCAAAGGAACAGCAGAAUGGCUGAAUAUGCGAAGCUGGAUCUCCAGACACCUUCACCUGUCCUGCCCCCGCAGGGUUUUCUCUAAGAGGAGUCUGCCGAAACUGAUAGAGAUGUAUCAGCGUGUAUUCCAGAAAUCCGCCGACCGCCACUCUGAUUUUUCUCGCCUGGCCCGCGUUUUAACGGGCAACACCAUCGCCCUGGUGCUUGGGGGAGGAGGAGCCAGGGGUUGUUCUCAAGUGGGCAUCAUCCGAGCAUUGAAUGAAGCUGGAAUCCCUAUUGAUCUGGUGGGUGGCACCUCUAUCGGCUCUAUGAUGGGCGCUCUAUACGCAGAGGACCGGAGUUAUAGCCGGAUGAAGAUCAGGGCCAGAGGGUGGGCCAUGGAAAUGACAUCUGUGUUUAAGAAAGUGCUGGACCUGACCUAUCCCGUCACUUCAAUGUUCUCUGGAGCUUCAUUCAACUCUAGCAUUAAUGGUGUCUUCAAGGAUAAACAGAUUGAGGAUCUCUGGAUCCCAUAUUUCAACAUUACCACGGACAUCACCGCCUCCGCGAUGAGAGUGCACACUGACGGCUCUCUCUGGAGGUAUGUACGGUCCAGCAUGUCCCUUUCUGGGUACCUGCCACCACUGUGUGAUCCAAAAGACGGACACCUGCUCAUGGAUGGAGGCUACAUUAAUAACCUGCCGGCGGAUGUGGCGCGUUCUAUGGGUGCCAAGGUUGUGAUUGCCAUAGAUGUGGGCAGCCAAGAUGAAACCAACCUCACCAACUACGGUGAUGCCCUCUCGGGCUGGUGGCUGCUAUGGAAACGCCUCAACCCACUGGCUGAGAAGGUCAAGGUUUUGAACAUGACUGAGAUCCAGGCACGGCUGGCGUACGUAUGCUCUGUGAGACAACUCGAAUCUGUCAAGAAUAGCGACUACUGUGAAUAUAUCAGACCUCCAAUCGACAGAUACCGCACGCUCGAGUUUGGCAAGUUUGAUGAGAUCAGCGAAGUGGGCUACCAGCACGGGAAGACAGUGUUUGACGUGUGGUGCAGAAGUGGGGUGGUAGAAAAGAUGAUGAGGGAUAGACAUCAGGAGGAAUUUCACAAAACACAGAACCACAAUGUGGUGACCUGUCCAAAUGCAUCCUUCACCGAUCUGGCUGAGAUUGUCUCACGGAUCGAACCAGUUAAACCUGCUGUCAUGGAUGAUGAAUCCGAUUAUCAUACAGACUAUGAAGAAGAGAUAGCAGAAAGUGCUCUGUCAGACAUGGAGCUCUACUCCCAUCACAGCGAGCACACAGAGGAGGAGCUGACCGCAGAUACGGAUGAAGAGUUGGAGAGGACUCACAGACAGCGUGUGUGGUCCGACACGGAAAAGGAGGCGCGUGUCCUCCCAAACUCCGCAAACCUUAAGCCCCUCCAGCCCUCCAAAUCAGAAAAGCACUUGGCCAAAAAACACUCCUGACCCUCGAUCCCUUCCAGAGUAUAAACACUGACACUCCCAAGAUUCGGGAUUAAAACCUGACAUUCCAAGUUCUUCCUGAGGUUGAGAAGCAAAAACGUUUGUAUUUGCAAUGGCUUUUUCCAUGUUCUAUUGCAAAGAAAUCCAAAGAAAAAGUCUUUCACAGCACUGUUUAAGACGGAUUUGCCAAGUAACGUGGCAUGAGGUUGUAAAUCAAGACUAUCCCAGUGUAUCAUCUUUGGAGUCGCUGACUGUGAACUCUGCUGGAAAACAUUCGGAUUGCAGUGUCAACUUUACUUAGUCUUGAAUUACAGAUGGAGGAGGAAUUCACAUGAGAAAGACAAUCAAUUUCAAUGUUGUAUUUAUAAAUUGUCGGAUUUAUCGGAUUGCUUGAACCGCAUUUCUUUCCACCAUAAAAACAGCUAAAGAAGAGCGCAAAGACAAGUAAGCCGUCAAAAAAGAAAAGAAUGUGAUAUUGACUGAUGCUUGUAAGAGGUCUCUAUUUAUAAGCUCCAAUGACUGAUGUUGUUUUUGUUUAAUCAUCUCAGCAACAUCCUGACAAGUUGAUUUGUAUAGCUUGUCUAUUUCACACAGACGAUGCUUUACUGAAGAAGACUUUGUCUGAUGUGGACUGUAGGCAGCUUGGUGACAGAUCUGAUCUAACCAGAAUCAUUUAUAACGCAGAAUGUCUCAGAUGAAUUACCCUUCAGCAGUGUGUGAUCAGACAAAAUGAAAGCAGCCUAUCAGUGCAAGACUUUAAAAUCACGUCAUUGUUAAAUGUUAACCGUAGUGCCUUUUGAAUAAUAUUCUCAAACACUAAUCAUUAUGCCAGUAUUGAUUUAUGUGCUAGUGUGUUAAGCACAUGUUGAUUGUAGAUUAUGUUUGAGCAUGAUGUCAUUUUUCUGAUUAUGUCACAUUGACUAACAAAAGUGCAUGUGGAGAUUUCUGGUUCAUUCAUUUUGAUCGUUUGUGUGCCAACAUUUAUGUAUAAAUAUGUUGUUAUAACAAUAUGCUAAUAAUAAAGCUACAAUUGUUCAGACAUCAA